AUGUUUACAUUUAUUAUUGGAUUUAUUCUUGUGUUAAUUCUUCUUUAUGCUUCAAAAAAAUUCUACUGGUCAGGAACUCGAUGUCCAUCAAAAGAUCGGAUGGAUGAUAAAAUUGUUGUUAUUACUGGAAGUAAUACAGGAAUUGGAAAAUCUACAGCUAUUGAAUUAGCUAAACGAGGUGCACGUAUUAUUCUAGCUUGUCGUAAUCAACAACGAGCUGAAGAAGCAAAACAAGAGAUACAAAUUAAAUCUAAUAACAAUCAAAUUGAAAUUGAAAUUCUUGAUACAUCUUCAUUACAAUCUGUACGUGAAUGCGCUAUACGUUUACGAAAACGUUUACCGAGAAUUGAUGUUUUAAUUAAUAAUGCUGGUGUUCAUACACGAUCGAACGAGAAAUCAAUCGAUGGUUUUGAAAUACAUUUUGCUACUAAUUAUCUUGGUCAUUUUCUUCUAACUAAUCUUCUUCUCGAUCUAUUAAAAAAAGCACCAUCAGCUCGAAUUAUAAAUGUUGCAUCUAUAGCACAUAUAUUUUUCAAUUGUCAGAUAUAUUGGGAUGAUAUUAAUUUAGAAAAAACAUCUUAUAAAGCAUUCUAUGCAUAUGCACGUAGUAAACUUGCUAAUAUUAUGUUUACAAAUGAAUUAGCUAAACGAUUAAGAGGAACAAAUAUUACUGCUAAUAGUCUUCAUCCAGGUAUGGUACGCACAGAAAUGUCUCGUUAUGCUGGUGGUCCUUAUGAAAAAAUUCUUUAUAUAAUUGAACAAUUGAUGACACCUAUUGCAUGGGUUUUUAUUAAAAGUUCUGAAGAAGGUGCACAAACAACAAUCUAUUUAGCAAGUGAUAUUCAUCUUGAUAAUAUUAGUGGAAAAUAUUUUAGUGAUUGUGUUGAAAUUCAACCAUCAAAAAUGACACUUAAUGAAGAAGAUAAUCGACGUUUAUGGUUACUUAGUGAAAAAAUGACAAAACUUGAUGAUUCUUUAAAAAAUUAUUAA